GGAAGGAUCGGGUUCCCUCCUCCGGGGUCCUCCGAGCCGCCAGGGGGCGCUCGGCGGUGCAGGGGCUGAGGCGCGGGGUGACCCCGGCGCGCGCCCCGGGAUGGCGGCGGGGCUGGGCCGGGGCCCGCUGUUCCUGCGCUGCCGCUCCUGGCGCAGCCUCAGCUCCGGCUCCGAGGGGGAGUCGCGCCUGACGCGGGUGCUGCGGGAGAGGUUCCCCAGGGCCUCCUCCAUCAAGGUCGUGGACAUCUCAGGGGGCUGCGGGGCCAUGUACGAGAUCCACAUCGAGUCUGAGGAGUUCAGGGAGAAGAGGACGGUGCAGCAGCACCAGAUGGUCAACCAGCUCCCCCAGGCACUGGCGCUUCUCCCCCUCCCUGAGAGCCCAGAGCACCCCAAUCUCAGGGAAGAUCCAAGGUAG